AUGACUGGAUCUAGGGAGGAAGAAGUCACCAAUGGGAAAGAUCAACCCGAAGUAUCAGAAGGUCAGUCCGAUCCCACGAAGGAAAGUUCUCAAUCUGGAAUCCCGUUUGAAGGAAUAGCCCAUGUGUGGGGAUACUCUGUCCUCCACUUUGAUUUCCGUUCAUGGAUAGGCUCCUCAUGGUUCAGCACACCAACAGCACCUGGAACCCUGAGCUCCUCAGGAGGGUGGGGAUUGUACUUCUUGGAUCAGCUGGGGGUGUGGACAUGCGGAGAUUUUUGGCCAUGGGUUGCCAGAUGUUUGUUAAGUGCCAUCGUGGUUUUGGGAGCAAUUUUGAUUCUCUACUUGCUAUUGGUUAUCUGCCGGCCCUGUCAAGCUUUCUGCAAAUGUUGCUGCAGACAGACCAGAGCAGUAGCCAAAGAGGUGGGGGAGCUCCUCCCCGAACUUAGACCUGGGGGCACAUACGAAAAGCUGGAUAUCCGUGGACCCGCCUCUAGCGGGGGCGUCGAUUCCGAAUUCUACCAACGAGGCGUCAAGGGUCGAGGUUCAGAAAGAAAACCCAAUGACGUAGCUGUUGUGGUGAAUGACCAAAUAGCUCGCUUGAAGGUAGACGGGGAUCAUUGGGCACGUGUGGAUCGAUACGGGUUAUGGGUUCGUCUCCGUGGAGUGAAGGGUUCCACGUCGAAAGCGCUUCGCCAAACGUUGGAACAGGAGGGGAAAAUCCAUCUCUGUCGCGAGCAGCGGUGUCCGCUUGAAUUGCAACCAACACCCGGUCUACAUUGCAAAGCUUACGCUUCGGUGGAUGCCAAUGGGCUGGUGGAUUUGGGAGCUUAUGCAGGGUGGUCCACCCGCAGGGUGAUCGUCUUGAUGGGUCGAUGGCUACGUAGAAUGGUGCGGGGGCUUAGUCUCUGCGUGUACUAUCUGACGGGAUGGUUCAUUCUCAGACAACUCUGGGCAAAGCGGACGCCACCCAGAACCAUAGUCGAAGGAGCCGUCGUCAGACCCUUGGAUGCGGAAUCUGAAUCUGAAGUAGAGGUACAAGAUGACCCUUGUGAGGCCGUAUUAGUCGGUUUGGAACAUGGAGGCAAACCGAGAGCAUUGGCCACAGACCCAUGUGCAGAUCGGGCUAUCGGAGAGCCGGUCCGGCUCCUGGAGAGGGACAGAGAACUCUCUGACGUCAAAAGGAGAUCCUCCGUCAGGCUUUGCGACCAUCAUCGGCAGCUCUACGUGGCGGCAUGUUCAAGCCGAAAAUGCAGCGUGUUGGCUUGCUACGAACAGGUUGAUGGUGCCAAACAGGGAGUUCCCCUCUGCAAGCACCACCUGACGGACCUUGGUGGUUGUGCUCGCCCUACCCGCAGGGUUAGCUGGACACAUGAGAGAGAUAGCUCCAUUGCACGAUCCGAGGCAUCUAUGUCCGAAGGAGAAUGCCUCACCCCUGCACGAAGAAGCCGCCGGAUCAUCUUUGACGGCGCUGAACGACUUGGGCCCAGGGCUGCUUCGGCCGAUCCUAGUGAAUCCCAGAAGAAGAUUGAAGGCAAGCUUGAGAAGGGCCCGUGCAUGGUGCUCCUCAGACCAAAGUCAUUACAAACCGCGGAGGCCCCACCCAGGUGGACUGCAUGGUUGGGGCGCAUCGAGGGGUUCGCCGAAGAAGGGCGCAGCCAGGAGCUGCUCGAAGUCCACAUCCCUUCCUUGAAGCAAACGUGUGUGAUCCACAGAAGGCUGUUGAAAGGGUCCCCUCGAGACAACGGGGCGGGUCGAAUUAGUAAGCAUUGGGUGCAGAAGUUCCUUCAGCAUACCCAUGACGAAGAAGUCGGCCAAGGGAUAUCGGUCUUGGUCGCGCGCCUGUCCGAAGACCAAGCAGCGGCCCUGAAUGCCUGGGACGGUGAGGUGACGGAUGAAGGAGCGAAGCCAAGUAAAGCCUGGCAGGGGAGACUCUACCGGGAGAUCCUCCCACAUGCUGAUGCAUAUUUGCGUGAAGAAGCUGAGAUGUCCGACGACUUUAUGACACCGCCAAAGCCGAAAGUCGAGCUGGAAGAGGGUGCGGGACCGGCGAUUCCACCCUUCCCAGACCUAGAUGAUUCAGAUCGCCAGGGAAGAAUGGAGGCGGCUCGAAGAGCUCUUGACCAGCACAUUGAGGGAGAGAUAGAUUCCGAAGUGUUGCAGACCGUGGCCACUGCCUUCGACCUAGAUCAUGAGCAACUGGCUCAGUCGAUGUAUGCGAGGAAUCACCGCCUUAGCUACUCGAAGCCAACGACACCACCAGGAUUGGGAGCCGACCAAAGCGAAAUGGAGUUUGCAAGAAGACCCGUGACGGCAACUAUGCCAGGAGGAGUGACCGUAAAGCCAGCAGUCCCCCGGCCGGCGAAUCCACUUCUGCCGAGGAGCUCCUCCUCAAUCUCCCCGGUCCAGAGAGGUGGAUUGUCGCUCUUUCCCAAGGGGUCAGGCGGUCGAAACAGUCUCGUGAAACCAGCAUCGGAGCAGAUGCCGGAGGGCAGAGCAGGAGCCACGUUCGGAGAAGCCCUCGGAGACAGCACACAAGUCCAGAGCGCGGACCGCAUCAUUCACGCCAUCGACGGUCUGAGAAGAGCACAGGAUGACGACAAAAACCUCACGAAAGGGACCUUGAGUUCUAUCAAAGAGGCGGAGAAGAUGGACGUCUUCCUGGCACGAGGCUGUGGCACCCUGACCGUUGAACUCGCACCGGGAGUGUACGGGAAGGAACUUUUCCACGCGGGGAAAAGGGUGGCAAAUCACGCUCGCCAUAUGCUGCACUUGAUCAAAUGGCCGGUGCUGAUGACCAACAGGGUCCUACUUGGCAUCGCUGGUCUGUGGUGGGGUGGCAAAGACACCUAUACCUUGCACGCAAGUGACUGCGUUACCGCUCGGUCCGAGCAGUUGGACAGUUGGAAUCCGUCCUCCGACAACAAGAUCGAAAAUCGCAUGAGACCACCAGGAGUCUUCAACACUUGGCUCAGGUACGCGGAAAACUCAGUUCGCGUGUUUGGAUCCUGCUAUGGUACAGAGCAUAUCCAAGAAAGGCUCGAUUGUCUCCAAGCCCUGAAGGAGGCCCAUGAAGAAGACGAGCAUGCCUUCCCAGCUGCCUACUGCAUCGAGCUCUUUGAGGAACUUGUCGCGGCUUGGUGCGAAGAACUGCGAGAAAGCAGAAGGAAACUCUGCUCUCUGCUGGGGACCGAAAAUCCACGGCUUGAAGACCUGAAGCUGCUAGCUUUGGCGCCGGGAGCGGAUGGGCAAGCAAACUUCCAGUUUCCAAGCAUAUGGGAUCUGGGCGACCCGAACGGAUAUUACCAGACAGUUGUGGUACCCAGGCAGCAAAGGCAAAUGUCGAGGCUGCUCCACAAGCAGCUGCACGACCACAACCUCAAGCAGAAGAAGACAGCUGGUCCAGCUGAAGAUGAAGAGCCAAGGACAGGGAAAGCCCCAAAGCUUAACCUGAAAGACAAAGAGGCCGAUGGAUAUGCGGGCGGCAGCAUGAAAUCAGCCUACCCAGCUGGAAAACGGCUUACACAAGGAGAAGCUUCACGGUCCGUGGAGCACGCACCUAAGGAUCCCAAGACCAACAAACCUAUCUGCUGGGAUGCGGCCACACACAUGGGAUGCACAAGAGGCGACAAGUGCCAGCACGCGCACGAGCCUUUGCCGGGAUUGGCCAAACUUGACUACACAGUUGCCAUGCAGGUCAUUCGAAGAGGAGGACUCAAAGGUGGGCCGAAAAUCGAUCCCAAAGAGGUCGACGGAAGGGUCGCUCAGCUGCGAACCCAGGCAGCGGCGGAUAAGGCCGACAAGAUCCAACCUAGCAAGAAAGCGAAAGUCAAGCCCAAGCCAAAGGCCAAAGCUGGGAAGGAAGCUGAGGGUAAAGCUGAAGAAGACAAGGUUGGGAACACCCAGUGGGUCGCACCUGAAGACUAUGAUAUCCCUCUGACCCAUCUCGAGACUGACUUGCAAGAGGCGGUUCAGGGCCCAGAUGAGGGCUGGCUGCGAAUACCCUCACAACCCACUGAGCAAGAAGCCGCUCCGGCUUGGGAUGACCAGAGCCAAGAGGAGCGGGAAAGGCUGAAACGAUGGAAGUCGCUGGAGGAGAAAGGGGUUCUGGCGGCCUUGGAGUCGCCCACGGAUUAUCUCAGGUCCCAUGUGAUUGCACGCAUGAUGGCAGCACAAGAUGAAGGAUAUGAACUGGAGCUGAACCGGUGUCUCGAAGAUGCGGCAGAACAUGGACAUCCCGCGCUCUCUAAGGAAGCCGGACGUCAACUUGAGCUCCUCAAGCACGAGCCAAAAGCGGGUCACCAAGCGGAUGUCGAAUUUACGCCCAUCACAUGGGACGAGGGUAUUGGUCAUGGCCUGUUGAACUUUCAAGGAAACUUGUCGCAUAUCGGCUCAGUCACGGUCCGUGACUACCAGGAUCGCUUGAACGCAAAAGACAGCGAGGUCCCACUGCAAGACGGGCAGUUGGAAGAAGAGCGCCAAUGCCUGCCUCUUCAUGUGGGUGUCGGGUUAGCGUUGGCCGAUGAUCCAUCUGUAGAACUACGAGAGGCCGUAGCCAGAGCCAACCAGUUGAGAAAACAUCUCUGGGAUGAAGCAGUGGAGGCUCACGCACACCUUGGCGAUCCGCCAGCGUGGAUACCUGAGGGCGAGCACUUCUUGCGUCAAAACGUCCAUGAUUGCCUCUAUCCUCACCACGAGAAAGACUACCGCGCCUUGCAAACCCUCACAGGAUCCAUGCUGCAAGGAUACACGUUGGCGGUCCUCAGGAUUUCCUAUUUUGGUCGGUUGGAGGUCGACUUGCUCCACGGAGAUGAUGCUGGCAAUGGGAAGCUAGUUUUCGUUACCAUCCACCGGGGGCAUAUGCGCCUGCUUCUUCCACAACAGCCCCAGCAGCUGUUGGAUCACCUGAGGACUGCAGACAAGGUCACCAGGGAACUUCAGGUUGAACAUUGGAGGGUGAUCUUGGACCAGAGCAAAGUGGAGGAUCAGAUGGUUCCAGCCAAGUCCCCCGCCUGCACAAGAUGCCAGCAACAGCAGCAAAGGCCUUAUCGUGUUGGUGAAGGAUUCCCGUUGCCACCGGCUUCAUUUGAGUCCUGCUUGCAGGAUGAUCCACAGGCUCUUCAAAACAGCGGUGUGCCUCUGCGAAAAAGGCUCGCCUUCGCCUAUGGGCCAAUUGGUCAAGAGGUGUACGCUGGAUGGGCAGGAUGGACCAAGGGGCUUCAGUACCAGGGGAUCCCGUGCGGAGAACCCAUUGAAUACUAUGAGGACCCGAUCGAGCAAAAGGGCUUUAAGCCGCAGCAUGAUACCCGUGACCCGAAGGUCCGAGAACGAUUGCUGGGAUUAGCUGGUGCUCCACCAGGGCCCGAUGUCCCCAACACUUGGCAGCUUGGAGUCGUUUGUACUUCCUUCUGCGACCACCAGCUGAAGAACGGUGGCAGCAGGACCUGGCAACGCCCACAAGGCGACGGCACUCGUCCCUCUGAAGUUCAAGGAAAUGAAGACGCAGAGUUCGCAGCCGAACUUUGUACGGUUCUGGCGGACAACGGAAGAGUCUUCGCAUUGGAGAGUAGCGCGCCGUCGGGCCGCUACCCCAAGAUAUGGGACCUGCCUUGUAUGCAGAGGCUCCGCCGCCGCACCGGCGCAAAAAUUGUCUCUAUGGCUAUGUGCGCUUGGGGUCUGGGACCGCCUGAGACUGAGGAGGGCCUGUUUCAUCGCAAGCAUUCUUGGUGGCUGGUCUCCCCAGAACUCUACCCAUGGGCCUUGUUAUUCCUUGGUAGGCAGUGCCCAGGAGUCGGCCCGACUCACCAGCACGCACCCUUGAAGGGACCCAGUCCAAUUCCUCAAGUACCUCUCACUCGACUGGCACAGCAAUACGCACCAGCUUUGUGUGCAGCCUGGGGUCUGGUAGUCCGAGCAGCCUUUGAAGAAUGGAGCUGGACAACAUAUCUGCAAGAGCACAGCGUGCUCAAAGCCCUAGAGAAAUGUUGGACCGAACUGGACGCACCCCCUUGGCCGGCUGAUCCAGCCAAUACGUUGGAGCGAACCCUUGGCCAACAUUUGGCACCGGUGGGGCAGGGCACAAGGGCAGGCAGCGUCGACGACGCCAAUGGCCAAAGCACUGCUGAGAAAUACUUGGAGGUAUGCCAGAGUGCUUACAGCAAGGAGGCAGUGAGAAAAGCCACAGAGGCAGGAAAUGCGUUGUUGAGGGCCGCCGGCUCGGUGCCAAGAGCAGCUGAAUUAGUCAACAAAGCGAGGCUGAGGAAGUAUGGGGAACACUUCCAGAAGGCAAAGGAAGGAGCAUUGAAAGGGCUCAGCCCCCUACACGAGCAAUACUUGAAAGACUGUGUGCUCAAGGGCGUGCCCAGCCGAGCUAAGAGUACCCCCAAGAGAGAGAAGGCCCGAAACCACGGCUCCGUCAGGGGGCACGAGGAAGAGAUGCUGCAGAAGGCAUGGAAAGACGCAUCUUAUGGGGCGGUACUUCUGUGUUCCACAGAGACCGAGGACCAAGAAGAAAAUCGGCAAAUCGACCAGAUACUGACCGAGAGCAAGGUGGCCGAGAGCCCUCUCGGCCGAGUGCCCAAGCAAAACCCCGACAGAACCAUCUCAGCGGAAGGUCGUCCCAUCAACGAUAUGCGAGCACAGAGCAGUGGUCAGGCAAAGCCUUUGGUGGAGGGGCGACACCCGAAGGUUCCACAGAGGUGUGCGAAACGCGAUGUGCCAAGGGCUUUCAAGUGGCACUUCCUCAAGCCGGGCGAUGUCCCUGAAUUCUGCACGAGGAUUCUAGGUGUGCUGAUCCUGAGUCUGGUGAUGGUGUUCGGUUGGGUAGGAGCGCCAGGGGAGUUCGUGAUAUGGGCCACCGCAGCCCAAAAGCACCACGGGUCGUUCCGACCAUGCCAUCCUCAAUUCAACGAUGUGGUUCCCUACACCAGCCGAUGGCUGAUGGAUGACGGCGUGGUGGUAGAGCCACUAGUGGGGAAUAGGAUCCAGAGAUCCCUGUCAGCAAUGGAUGCAGCUAUGGUAUCAGUCUGGGGCCCUGGAGCCAUCAAUCUCGACAAGCUCGCCGAAGAAGGCACCCCGGCAAAAUCCCAGCUCCUGUGGGGCCUCCACCUAGACUUUGAAGAACAGGUUGUGGUCCUCCCGGAACCGAAGCGAAUAAAGGCGAAGUAUCUCCUAAGAGAGCCUCAGCUUCAAAGGGGGUGCCAACGAGUUCGUACCAAGCUGCUCCGAGAACUGGCAGGGACAGCGCAGUAUUGGGCCGUCUCCGCUCCGGAGAUUGCACCCUAUCUACCAGUCUUUUACAGGCUCCUGCAGCAGGAAGUAGGCGAUCAUGAAUGGGUGAAACCCAGGGGCUCCGAGAGUGAGCUAGAGGCUGCCUGGGCUGAGUUCUGGGAUGCGCUCGAUUGGGUUCGCCUCCAGAUGGAAAAGCCUUGGGGAACCAGUUUCAGAGCAGCUUUCGGCAAGCUCCUGCCGUUAAGGGAAAGGCUCGCACUCCCUGGCAUGGCCGCUUCGGCCCGAUUCGUUGGAGGAGAUGCCACGCUAACCAGGCUCGGAAGCACUGAUUGGAAGGAUAGAUGCUACCACAUGGCGGACAGCAGCAGAUACGUCAGGGCCGUGAGCGAAGUCGUAGGGGGCGGAGAUCACUUGGAGAUCAUCGGAGUGAUGGAGCUUCUGACGUUCAUUGUCCUGGCAGCGGCGCGGAAGGAAACCUGGCAGGGGCAACUGAUCCUUUAUGUGACUGACAACAUGAAUGUCAAAGCAUGGUUACGUACCAGGCGCGCUUCAAACAGAUACGUGAGGGCGCUCUUGCUGCUGCUCCAGCGGCUCGAAGCGGAGAAUAGCUUCACUGUCGAUGGAGCGUACGUCCGUACCUACCACAAUACUCUCAACGACUGGCUGACAAGGGAGGAUGAAGACAAGGUCCAUGCGGAAAUGGAAAGCAGUGGCUGGACCCGCCUCGAGCUCAAUGAGGACUGGGAAGGACUCCUGCGAGAAGCCAUGCGCCCCACGUUGAAGCUACCAGGGGAGAAGGGCCCGAGUGCAGCUUUAGCCAUUCAGCUGGCCAACGAACAGCAAACCGUGCAUGCCUUCCCCGCCAAGAUCGAACCAAAGCCAUUCAAAGGGGGACUCCACCAAAUCCGGCUAGGGUCGGAACUACUGACGUUCGAGCUGGGGUGGGCCAAGGGCGGAGGAUCGAUCGCAAGCCAGGCGCAAGCUGACUGGAUCGUCUGUGUUCUCACUCAAGACCCAAAAGGGCGGGAGGCAGACAUCCUUCUAAAAACCCUCGCCAGAACUGAUUGGAGAGGACGACUUAUCGUUGACCAGCCCAGGGAGCUCUCUGAAACCAGCCGAAAUCGCCUGAUGCAGCUUCAGGUUCAAUGGGGUCAGGCACAAGUGGUCGACUAUCAGACUUCACACCACGGCAGCUUCUUUGCCAGGGCCAGAAGACUUUGGCUUUUUGGAGGAACGGCCGACGAAAAGGAGAGAGUUCAAGCAUGGCGAGUUGCACAAGUCAACGAGUGUCAGAUGUUACCUCUGCGAUCCGCAGAGGAGUCAGGUAAGGGAUUAUGCCCGCCCGACUACCUUUUCACGAGAGAACCAAACCUCAUCACCACCGGAGACAAGUGGCUUCCAAAACCAGUCGGCCACUUGGUUGACGUGCGCGCCGGCAGCAGGCACCUGGUCCAUAGCACACGGGGCCCAGCUUGCGGACCUAGGCUCACAGGUGAGCGUCUCAAGAUCCCAGGAGGCACCCUGUUGGAAGAUGGGACGGGUCUGGUCCGUCCUCUCCUCCCAGAAGAGGUGUGGGAAAUGCAAGGGGGCCUCGCAGAGGAUUGGCGUUCCGCCGACUCGAAGAGAAAGGAUCGCAUGAUAGCAGCUGCAGUCCGGGAGCCAGGCUGGCAAGUGGCUAUGAGUCUCAUGCAGGCUCUGACUGGAACCGAUGGGAAGGCAGGAGUCCUGGACCCCGAUGAGAUCCAAGCCCACGAGCAACUAGAGGUCUGGCUGCGAGCGUGGGGGAGGAACCCGAAGGCUCCCUCUUCCGAGCUUUUCCUUACUUCGUGGAAAGAGCCACGUGUGGCAGUGGCACCCACUCAUGAGUUCGUGGGAGCGACAACCCAGGCGAAAGCAGGCGGAGGCAAACGCACCACCGUGAAGCCAGCACUCAGUGAAGUGGAGAGGCUGGUCCAGCCCGCAUCCAAAAGAGGCGGGACUACUGGGACCCCCCGCCCCCGAGGAGGGAGCACAGCAGAGCUUGACCAGGUAGCCAUGGAAGCUGUCUUGGCCAAACUGGCUGAUUCAACUCGCAGGGUCUAUGCAUCAGGCUGGAAGCAAUGGGCGUUGUACAAUGCCAGCUCGGGCACUCACCCGUUCCUUGACGGAGAAGAGCGCUCCGCUCGGACUGAAGACGAGCAGAGGUUGAUUCGGUUUGUAGUAUUUCUACAUCAAGUCAUGGGAAGGUCCAUAGGUGGGGUCAGACAAAGGUUGUCAGCCAUUCGUUAUGCACAUGUUGCGGCAGGAUACCCUGAUCCACUGGUCGGGCGACCUCGGUUGUGGGCAGCGGUUGCGGGUCUACAACGUUGGGAAGGCGCCCCAAAACGAAACCUCCCUGUUACCCCCAACAUGUUGCGAUGGUUGGUCCAGCACUUGAAAAGUAGCGGUUUAUCAGUUGUCGAUCAAACCAUGAUCAAAGGAGCCCUUCUUACAGGUUGGUUUUUCAUGAUGCGGGCCAGUGAACUCUUGCCCAGUAUCAAUGGAGAAGACCCCAUGAAUAGGGCGCUCCGCCCAGCUGAUGUUGCUUUCUUUUCGCAUGGGCAGCCUACCAUAGGCGCCAAGGCCGAUGAAGUCGUAGUGCAGAUUAGAUCUUCAAAAACCGAUCAGUAUGGUAGGGGCCAAACACGGUCACACCACCGCUCCGGUGGAGAUCUCUGCCCUGUUGAAGCCUUAGCCGCGCUACAGGUCCUACAGCCCCAUCGGUGGCGCAGCCCUGAAGACGAGGCGCCUUUGUUCCGCUAUGAAGACGGGACGGGGCUUGACAGAGAGGGCAUCACCCAUUUCAUCAAGAUAGCUGCAUUGGCCGCCGGGUUUCCUGGCGAACUCGCUGGUUCACACUCACUACGUAAGGGGGGAGCCACUGCAUUUUUCGCAAGUACUGGGGACUUAGAAAGGCUUAAGAGGUACGGUGGUUGGUCAUCCGAUGCUGUUCAUGCUUCCCUUUAUGAAGAUCAUACCGCUCAGAAAGGGAUUUCAGAAGGGAUGUUGGGUACCAGCCUCAUUACACUCCCCAGCCAAAAAGACCCCGGGGUCCGUAGGCAUCCAGCGGUUGUUCCAACUGAACCCCAAGAGUCCUAUCCUGGUUUAUUGAGGGUCCCUCAAGAUGAGUUAUUCCAUAACAGUCAUGGAGGAUCAAACCCUUUUAGCAGCCCAGUUGCCACGAAGCGAACAUCCAGAGCUCCUCGAGGCUCAAACACCAAUCGUGCAUUUUCGUGGGCACCAGAUCGUAAGGUAUCGUUUGCAGUGAAGGCUGGUGCUAUGGAUGCUACUGAUGAAAGUGCCGAUGGGGGACGAAAGCCAGCAGCUCCAGAUCGAGCCAAUGCAGCGAACCUCUUUGUAGCAGCUCACCCAGGACUAGAUCUUUAUCAAUUCCUGGGUGUUCCACCCGGUGCGACUCCAGCUCAGGUGCUCACCGCAUAUCGUCGCAGGUCCCGUGAGACUCAUCCAGACCGCUUUGCAACUGCUGGGGAAGAUGUCCAGAAAGCCAAAGGAGAGGAGUUUAAGAUGUUGGGAAUGGUCCGAGAGAUCCUCUUGGAUCCACUGAUGGCCACUCAAUACAUGAGGUGGAGACAAGAGCAAAUUGCUGCAAAGCAUGGGCGAGGCCGUUCCCCAGUUGUUCCAGCUGGUGUCUAUGCCAAGCAAGCUUCAUCAUUCCAACAAGCCAGAUCAAGUUUUGAUCGGUCCUCCACUCCUGCUGGCGCAGGAGCCAGCAGCUCGGGAGGAGCAGGCCGGGAGGGAUAUCCUGGAGGAGGAGCGCAAGGAGGACCGCCCCCAGCCAAAGCCCCUCCUGCUCCAGCAGGGACCGCGCAAAAGCCAAGGAAACCUCCACCGCCCGCGAAUCCGCCUACUCCGAGCUCAAGUGCGAAGCCAAGGAAAGCACCGCCACCAAGAAAUGAUGAUGGGAGGCCCAGAGGACCUACCACCCCACCAAUGCAAAAAAUGGCACCCACGCAAGCUAUUCCAAAGGGAGCACCGCCAACACCGGCCAAGCAUUUCCCCAGGGCGACCCAACCAUACACUGGAGGGGGCAUGGUGGACGAUUUGCGAGUUCCUCGCAUCGCACUGGCAGAUGUAGGGGUGAAACGAUCAGACGCUCCGUCUGAGUCUUGGUGGUCAGAGACGUCAUCCAGAUAUAGGGCCCCUUCGAGCUGGUUGGAGCCCCGGUCUGAGCCUUGGGUCGAAGAUGACCUUCCACCGGAGAGCACCGUCCCAGACAACGAGGAUGACUAUGUGUAUGUUGAGGUGGAAGCUGAAGACGAUGACAUGGACAUCCUCCAAGACCACCAAUUCGAUGAAGAUGAUUGGGACGAGCCGGCAUGGGAAGAGCUCCCUGAGGAGGGGACCGGGUCUGAGCAAGUCUUCCAAACCUUCGAUCAAGCCGUGAUGCAAGGACUGCUCCAGUUCAUGGAUUUCGUGAACAGAGGACGGGCCAAGAUGCUGAUUGAAGGUGCUCCACCUAUGACUUCUGUCCCAAAAGAGGUCCGGGAGGCAUGUUUGGGAGACCAUCCGGGGCUUCUAAAAAUGCAUCCCAGCGCAAAAGCAUGGCUAAUGGCAGGGACGAAAGGUGUCGAAUUCAAGAAGCCACCACCUCCUAAGCCUCCCAUGCUUUCGGCUCCCCCAAAGCCAGCUCAUCCAGAACAGGUACCUGAGCCAAAGGAGCCGCCGAAAGCCCUAGCCCCCAAACCAGUUCCUCCAGGCGCUCCGCCCACUGAGGUGAACCACUUUGGGUUUGACGAGUCUGAAGUCGACUAUGGUGAUGACGAUGAUCGAACCCCUGAGGAGAAGGCAGAAGAUGAGGAGCUGCUCGAGAAGACCAAGACGAAAGUGGAAGCUUUCCUGCGAGCACCCCCAGAGAUGAGGAAGACGCUUCGCUCCCAAGCAUGGAAGCGGUGCAAGAGCAAACUGGAGGAGCUCAACUUUGAGUUCAGCACUCGUCCACUGCCCGAAAUGCACCCAGGCAAAUUCGAGAAGGAUCUCAAGGAUGGCUUCACCUAUGCGGAGGCCAAACAACGCCAAAAGGGCCGGCAACGGGCCGCCCGACAUCAGCGAGCCUUGGCUGAAAUGGAGGGGGCCUCCUUUGAGGAUUUCCCGAAAUCCUGGUCACAUGGGUAUUCCAAGCAAGUCCUGAAGCCGGGUUUCCUCGAAGAGAAGAACAAGGAGCGGGCCCGCCGAAAAGCUACAAAGGCCAACUAUCGAUCCGAUAGAUCACGCAGCACUCCACCACCUCGCCAGUCAGCUGCUCCAGCUCCUGCAUCCAACCAGGCUGAAGCUGAAAGCACGGCCAACUGGGAAGCAGGAAGUCAAUGGCACGACUGGCAAGCGAGACGCAGCAGUGAGUGGCAACGGCAUCAACCAGAUGUCACACAACGGAGAGAUGCAAAUGCCGCAGACGAUGACGACUGGGGCAACUGGACCAGAGAUGGGCAACGAGGCAGCAACCAAGAUGGCUGGUCCAGCUAUGACUAUGGAAACCAUCAGGAUCGACAGUGGAACCA